UCCAGGUUUGAUUCUCCAUUUAGUUAUCAAAUCACUGGAACUAACCUUCCUUUCUGGUGUCGACGAGACAUUCUCCCCCAGUCUGUCUCACACAAUGUAUAACUACAUGAAAGUAACAAUGGUGUUGAUUCUGGCAAUAUCAGGAGUUACAACAACAGCAAUAACAAAAGCAACACAGAUGAAAACUAAUGAGAGUUGUCCGUACGUUAAUCUUUACAGACAUGCGCAUAACAAACAUCACCUUUUCUGUAAACCCGGCGAAGACGACCUGAACGUUUUUGAACAAUAUGGCUUUACGGAUAAAAACAUACCCAGGUCUUUGAAUUACCUCCAACCAAUGAUGUUACACGAAUCUUCGGUUAUAAGAUACGUCGAUGCUGAAGGAGAAUUUCUGUAUUUGGAUAAUGGAACUUUUGCAAACGUUUACCUCGGAGAAAUGAAAGAUGGCGGAAAACCAGUCGUUAUUAAGCAAUUCAAUAAAGAUACUGAUUUUUUCGACGUGGAUAAAGAAGCUAGAAUACUCAUGUAUCUGGAAGACACGGGGAUAUUCCCAAAGUUUUACGGUUAUAUACCGUCUGGUCGAUACGCUAAUAAUAUUUCAAUGGUUAUGGAAUAUAUCACGAAUAGUCAAAGCCUUUCCUCGGCUUGUUCGGAUACAAACAUGACGGUAUAUCAAUGGGUGUUGGUACUUGAGCAAUUAGUUGGUUCAUUAAAAACAAUUCAUUCUAAGUAUGUUUUACACAAUGAUUUACAUCGUAGCAAUGUGAUGAUUAUGUGGAAUGGUUCUAAUCCCAGAGUACGAGUAAUUGAUACUGGGUUUGCCAGCUUCCGGGGAGGUGUUUUACAAGAUAUGUCAGCUACAUCAUUACCUUACUAUCCAUUUUUCCCUCCAGAAUCUAUUUUAUUUGAGAGCAACCCCUCCAUGGAUAUUUAUGCCGUUGGUUAUAUAAUAGGUAAAGUCACCAAAUAUUUAAAAAAUGAGGAUAUAGCAAGUGUAGGGAAGUCUUGUUAUCAAAUAAUUCCAGAACACCGACCAACCGCAGACCAACUGCUGUACACGUUGAAACAGUUAAAGAAGAAAUAUAGCUAUCAAUCAGAAUACGGAUACAAGCCAUCCAUGGAUGGUGUCCUCACACCUCCAGAACGAUAUCAAAAUUACGAAACGGCGCCUCUCCCGAUCUUAAUAUUAUCAGAAGUUAGUCCAAUGCCCCGGACCCAGGAUCGCAAUCGGUGGUUGAGAUUAGAAGACAGCUACGCCUCUUAUGUUGGAAAAUAUCGAAACAAUUCUGUCAUUAUACGUCUGUUCGCUUAUUCAGACUUUGCAUCCAUUCGGCACCAAGCUGCUGUUACCAUGUUUGCUGAUUCUCUAGGAAUUACUCCACAUUUUUAUGGAUUGAUAAUCCACGGCGAAAAGAUGAGCCACGUGGGAUUUGUUCAAGAGUUUGUUAAAAAUGGCACGACGUUGUCGGAAGCUUUCAGGGAAAAAAGAAGCCUUAAUUGGACGGAUGAAUAUCGUUUACGUAUAGCAUGUCAGCUUAUAAACGCGGUUAGUUUGUUGCAUGAUGAGCAUAUUUUAUUAAACAAUAUUAAAUCUUCUAACAUCUUAUACCGUGAUAAUGGCACCGGACCUUUGAUAUCCAUCCUGAACUUCCAGCAGAGUAGUGAUUCAAACGGGAUUUACUUUAAUAAAACUUCCGUUUACACAGCUCCGGAGAUUACCGAGGACGAAGAUAUCCCCACGUCUUUCCCUUCGGAUGUGUAUAGUCUUGGGGUUGUGUUAAAAAAAUUAUUCCAAAAUUCAAAUGCAACCCGAGCCAUAGAAGCAGUAAAUAUGUGCGUACACCUUAAACACGAGCUGCGGCCAUCUGCUCGGAGAUUAAAAAAGACAAUGUGUGCUAAAUUGUUGGAAUAUAACUGUCCCGGUCAAUGCUGA